AUGGCGUCCGUUUACAAGGCGACCGAGUCAUUGCAGAAGAAGGGCAAGGGCAAGAAGCGUGCCGCGGCAGAUGAAAAGGCCGGCGUCGUCGAGAAGAAGCGCAAGGACAAGGUCCUCCUCCUCUCGUCCCGCGGUGUGACGCAGCGCAUGCGCCACCUCAUGGCCGACCUCGAGGCACUCCUCCCUCACACGAAGAAGGACUCCAAGCUCGAUUCCAAGUCGUCGCUGCACCUGCUCAACGAGCUCGCCGACCUCCACUCAUGCUCAAAUGCGCUCUACUUUGAGGCGCGCCGGCAUGAGGACCUGUACAUGUGGGCCUCGCGGACACCGAACGGACCGUCGGUCAAGUGCCACGUUCAGAACAUUCACACGAUGGACGAGCUCAAGAUGACCGGCAACUGCCUCAAGGGAAGCCGCGGAAUCUGCGUGUUUGAUGGCGAGUGGGACACGAAGGAGGAGUGGAAGCUCAUGAAGGAGCUCUUCUCUCAUAUCUUCUCAGUCCCCCGCACCUCGCGCCGCCUCAAGCCGUUCAUCGACCACAUCCUCGUCUUCAGCAUUCUCGACAACCGUAUCUGGUUCCGCAACUACCAGAUUAUCGACAAGGACCCUCUCCACCCCUCUGGUCCACCCCAGACUUCUCUCGUCGAGAUUGGGCCCCGUUUCGUCCUCACGCCCAUCCGUAUCUUUGAGGGCUCGUUUGGCGGACCGACCGUGUUUGCCAACCAGGAGUUUGUGACGCCAGCAGCGACGCGUGCGAGCAUUAAGCGCGAGGUGGGCGCGAAAUACCGCGCGCGCAAGGCGGUCGAGGAGGAGCGUGAAGACCGCGCCAAGCGUAUCCGUGCCGACGUUGGCGAGGAUGAGCUCGCGGUUGACAAGGUGUUUGCGUAG